GGUACUAAGUACAGGGUGACUUUUGCGAGCUGAUUAUUUUUAUUUUCCAUGUAUCUCUUAUUAGUCUGUGUUUUCCAUUCUACUGUUCCUUCUAGGAACGUUUCUGCCUGCUAUUCUUUGUGAAGUGCGUGCGAGUGCGGUGUGAUAAAGAUAAAACGCAGACAUUAUUAUGUUUGUUGCCAGUGACCAAAGUAGUCUGUGGUGAUGUACGAAACGAAAAGAAGUUUAACGUUUUGUAUCUAAGCUUCUAUAAUGUCUGGUAACAGAAGAGACAGGUCUAGGUCUCCUACGAGAGUAGGUAAUGUGGGUCGAAGAAGAGAGAAGAUUAAUGAAACCCGAAUGGGCAGUGGUGGAUUGGGUGGCGGCGGAACAAUGGCCAGCGGCAUAAUGAGCGGUGGCAUUAGUGGUAACGGUAAUGGUGGCAGUGUUUCGGACAUACAUAACAAUAUGAUGAACCCACAAAUGAUGAUGACAAAUAUGUAUCCAGGAAAUAUGAUGAUGGCUGGUGGAAUGUAUCCAAAUAUGAUGAUGCCAAAUACAAUGAUGGGUGGAGGAAUUAUGCCUUCUACUGGCAUAGAUAUGAUGCCUAGUAGUGGCAUGGAGAUGAUACCACAGCCAUCUAUGGACAUAUCAUCAAUGAGUGGACAACCCAUGCAGCCAAGUGGUAAUCCCUCAAUGGAUUUGGGCAUAAUGGGGGGCAUGAUGAUGGACCCAUCUAUGAUGGGUAAUAUGGCAAUGUAUCCUAAUUCUGGUGGGGACAUGCCUAUUGUUCAAGAAAAAAAAGAAAUCAUCUUAAAACACUGCAAACUGACUCCUCCAAAUCCAGGCAUGGCACUACCUCCACGUAGAUCAAAGCCACCUGGCUGCCGCACUAUUUUUGUUGGUGGAUUACCAGAUAACAUCAGAGAAAAUAUUGUAAGAGAGAUUUUUGAAAAUUAUGGAAGGAUCCAUAUUUUGAGAUUGUCCACAAAGAACUUUUGCCAUAUUCGAUUUGAUAGAGAGGGAUGUGUGGAUGCUGCUAUGCAGAUAUCUGGUUAUAAUAUUAAAUUGAUCAGCAAGGAGUCUGAAAGUGAAGAAGAGACUAAAGCAAAUUCUGGAUGGUUGCAUGUAGAUUAUGCAUUGAGCAGAGACGAUCAAAAUGAGUAUGAGCGGCGUCAAAGACAAGCUAUGCGGGCCCAAGAACAGCAGUUGCAUCAAAUGGGCGCACAGCAGCAGGCUUUAGUUAGCCGUAAUAUGUACUCAGGCAGGCAUCGAUCACCUUCACCUAUGCGUUUGCAACCAUUUUCAAAUGCUGCUAUAGUUCAACUUGCAGAAAAAAUCAAAAGUGAAGAAAAUUUUUUGGAAUCUCUACCAACUUUGAUCUCUUGGCUGGAACGUGGAGAAUGUUCAAAGAAGAAUUCAAAUCAGUUUUAUUCAAUGAUUCAAGCUACAAACUCGCACAUCCGGAGGCUGUAUAAUGAAAAAGUACAAGCUGAAGAUGAAUUGUCAGAGUGCAAAGAGAGGAUCAAAAACACCAUUGCACUCGUAAUUGAGCAACUCGAACAGGUGGCGAAAGUGUUUGCAGCAGCUACCCAUCAACGCGUAUGGGACCACUUUACAAAACCUCAGCGAAAGAAUAUUGAAACCUGGCAGAAAAUGAGUCAGGAGUUUAAUGCCUUAAAAGAAGAGUUCGUGGAAAGGUUCAGUGAGGAAAAUGAAUAUAAUGGUUACAAUCCUAGCCGUGGCAAUGAGUUUGGAAACAAUGAGGAAGUUCAUAAGUUAAAGCUUGAGAAUGACAGUCUGAAGUUCCAAUUAGAAGCUUACAAAAAUGAAGUCGAUGUUAUCAAAGCGGACGCACAUAAAGAGUUGGAGAAAUUCAAGGCACAAUACAUCGCGCGGCAAGCUUUACAAGGAAACUUCGACAAAAAUCCGCCCUUGCCAUCUCCGUUAAAGAAACCGCCGCCUCCGCCCCCGCUGCCUGAUGAUAUGGACAACAAGAUCAAUUUGAAAGAAACUGUGGAGGUCGGUUGCGGCGAGGCCAAACUUAUUGGUAUUAUGUCCGCUUUUCUACAGGUACACCCGCAAGGGGCAAGUCUUGACUACGUGGUGUCUUACGUCCGCGCAAUGUUCCCGAAUGUGUCACAGGCAAACGUGCACCAUGUGUUACAAAAACAUGACGACGUAUUUAAACGCACGACGUCGGGCGUCGGAGCCAACAUCGAACACCGCUGGUCCUUUAUAGCCUUCCAAAAUACAGAAAUUUAAAAUCGGUGUGUUCCACAUUCAAUAUUUAUAAUCCUUAGUUUAUCGGCAAGCGUGUACUGAUGCGCUACCGGUAAUUCGAUUAUCUUUAUCUGUCAUACGUUUGUAUAGAUGCUACGAAACGAAUGUGCGUUGUACAUUCCAAAAAAAUGUCAUGAUUAUCGGAAUUAAUGUCAUCAUUAUCAUGUUGUCAUGCAAUGAGGGACUUUCCCGACUACUUUCCCCAAAAAAAUUAUAGAUGGCGCUGUAAAAACUUGCGUUCGUCCUUCUAAUUUCGUGGAUAACAGACAUAUUAUGCAUCUUUUAUCUUUAUUGUUGGGUAUAAAUGAUGACCGUUUUAUUACACACAGGCACAAUUACAUCUUCCACCUAUUAUUAUUCUGAUCAAAAUAAACAGAAGCAAUAUAGGUAGCAAUAUAAUUCUAUACAUAAUCUGAUCCAAAUAUCAAAUCAAGCAACAAUUAUUUUUAUGUAUGCUUCUGCCGUUACAUUAAACUUUUGAAUACUGAUGUAUCUGAGUAAUGAGAAUUGCGUUAAAUCUAAACAGCGCCAUCUACUUUAUUUUUGGGGAACAUAGCCUGGAAAGUCCUUCAUUUGAAUUUGGGGUCAAAAGCUUUGCUACACAAAUAGUUUGGUUACUACUUUUCAGACCUUUCAAAAGAUAUAUCAAUAUAGUGCAAUAAUUAACUAUAAAUGUAGCUAUCAUUAAAAUUUUCGUAUGAUGGUAAUUUCGACUGUUGGAAACACCUCUAAUGUAUGUGUUUGAACUGCAGCUAUCACACUAUUUUGAAAAUAAUAUAAUUAUAUUGACUUGCUUUAAAAUUAUUUGUGAUAAGUGUAUUCUGUAUGUCUCCUACUUUCAUAAGUAGGUACUGUUUCAAAGUGUAUUUAUUUUACGUUUUCGACAUAUCAUUGGGAAUACCUAGUAUGUAGGUAGUUACUUUAAUAAAAUGUAUGAUUUGUCAUAGGAA